UCCCCGGAAACGGCAUGCUCAACAACAUCCCCGCCGCCGGUUCCAUACACGGUAUUUCCGGAGCGAAGGAUCUUCAUGUGCAGGACCUGAAGAGGAACGAGAAGUUGGACGGCGUUCUCGGAGUGAAUUUGGGGACCGGAUUGCCUUCCGGCGGUGGCCUCACGAUACACCAGGAAGUACUCAUGACCAUGUCUGGCACGGGGAACUCUGGCGUGAUCGAACAAGGCGACGUCAAGCCUGUCAAACAGAAACGGCACCGAACGAAAUUCUCACUGGGUCAGCUGAGCGAGCUCGAGAGGCAUUUCAGUCGAACGCACUACCCUGACAUCUUCCUCAGGGAGGAGAUCGCUGGGAAACUUGGCCUCACGGAGAGUCGAGUUCAAGUGUGGUUUCAAAAUCGUCGUGCGAAGUGGAAAAAGGGGAAGAAGUGCCGUCACGUAUUCCGCCAUCCGUCAGGUCCGUUGCGGCCAUCGCACGUUUUGCCACCGUACACAUCGAUGAGCGCCGAUCUCUGUGGCGCUGGAAUGUUCAGUGCGACUCCUGAAAGAUGGGGUAUGGGUACAGGUCUCGGACAAUUGGGACAGAGUGGUAUGGGUAUGAGCGGUUUCGGGCAAAGUUUAGGGCAACUUGGUCAGCAAAGCAACUUGGGUCUUGGUAAUUCUGGACUCCCGAUCAGCAGUCCGUCGCAGGCCGUCUAUCAAGCCAGUUAUGGGCUGAAUUCCCUUGGGGGUAUGCACGUGUCAGCGUCCCGGGGCUCACCUCCGGGAGGAUCGAGCAUGGGCGGCGGUCAGGGUGGGCUGGGAUCGUCCUUGAACUGCGGCCAGGGCUCGCCUGGGACGACUUCCGGCAGCGGAGGUGGUGGCGUUUCCUGCGUGGCAGCCAACGUGAACACGUCCGAGGCGUCGGAUUGGAGAGCCAUCGGUUCGCUCAGGCGUCGUGCCUCGGACGCGUCGCAACAGUACAGUCCGCAGCCGCCGCCGGCACCACCUGCAGGACCACUCCAAUACUCUCAGGACAUAGAGUAUAAUUCCGUUUAUUGA